CAAGAUGAAGCUCACCGCUGCUGUUGUCACCGGCCUUCUUGCCACGAGCACCUCUGCUGCGUUCGACAAGUGGGCUCCCUGGGGCAAGCGCGAUUACUCCUGCAUCAAUGCCUACUCAGGGCCUACCGAGAACAGCACAUUGACUACAGGCACCCCGCUUGAGAUCAAGUUCAACCGCAACAGCGGCCGCUGCGAUUCUUUGAACGACUACCCUACGGGCAACUACAGCCUGUGGCUGCACAACAACCCAGUCCGCAACAUGGGCUUCGUGAACUCGGACUACCAGGUCAAGAUCCAGGACGGAAUCUCUUCGGAUGCAACCAGCGUGACCUUCACUCUGCCGGAUGAUCUGCCCGAGGUUGCCGACGACACUGUCUGGUACCUUCGUCUGGACACUUAUCUUCCUACUGCGCCCCAGAUGCCUUCACUUUUCAAUGCUCUGGGCCCUUUCCGAAUCGUGCAAUAAGUGCGACUGCUCGUCUUUUGUAUGGUAGUCUGAGAAUCGUUUCUUGCUGCGCGUUCCUUCAGUUUGACAGAUCGAUAGUGUAUGUAAUAAAAAGAUCUUAUUAUCAGCCUU